UAUUUCGUCUUUUUUAUUUUCUGUACGAAACAAUAUUAGCAUAAAGAUACAAAAGUAAUAUAUUUUACAUGUACACGCUAAACAUUUUACUCCUUUUGUUUAUUUUUCGUGUUCAGAAGAAGAUCGAACAAGACUUUUAACAGAUGGAUUUUCUCCCCCGGUGUGCGUAUCUUACUUAACACCAGAGGGCAUGGUAUUCAGAAACACGUGGUUGGCUCGUAUGCGUAACCUAGGCAUGUCUUGUGCCAUGGUCAGUCUGAUUUUGUUAGGUGCUUGUGCCAUUGUAGGAUCCUUUGGCCUCAUUAAGAGACAAAUAUCUGCUGUAAUGGUCACUGGCGUAAUGUUUUUUCUGGCCGCUCUGUUCGGAUUGUUCACUCUCGCUUUCAUGUAUUUCAAAAGAGUAAAACCAGAGGGCGUCUACACAAGUACAGUUAUGGACAAAGGAUUACCCAUGAAGUACUUACGAACCAGGGAAUUUACGAUGGGAUGGUCUGCGUCAUUAGGGUGGGGUGGUAUAGUAUUAUGUAUCAUAUCCAGUAUAUUCUGGCUGCUUCUGGCUCGAGUAUUAAGGUAUCAGGCUGUAACUUUGACAUAGCAAGUAUAGUGACAUCUAGUGGCCUAAGUUUUAAAAAUAACGUAUUUAUUUUACACAUUCACGCAUAACUGAUUAUCUGAUAUUUUUGAGUUAACUCUCUCUCCCUUUGGCUCUUAUCAUAUAUUCCAACUUAGUACUUAAGACAUUGAAAAUAAAUAAAUAAAUAAACGCUACUACUUAAUUCUUUUAUUAAAUUUCUAACGUUUGACUUACUAUUAAAUCAAAUUGUAUAGGUUAAUUAAUAUAAAAUAAUCAGCUUUUUGCAUUUCAAAUUAUCAUUGUUAAUCUCAUCAAUAAAUCGAAAUCAAUACCGCUCUGUCUAUUUACAAAUUAAAUACAUUUACGGAUAUUACUAAAAAACAUUUAAGGUAGAUAUAAUAUUGCACGCGAACAUGUUGCACUAACGUAGUACUUUUAAAACCUGCUCCAAUUUUAUUUAUUCUUAAAACUUGUAACUUCCAAAUCCGAUUUCUCUCCUUUUUUCAAAACUAGCUUCACGAUUAUUUACUUAUUCAUUUAUUCUUCGCACUUGCGUCUUAUAUUGUAAAUUGGGUGAUAUUUUAUUCUAAUUUAUGUUACUUUAAAAAAAAGUAAAAAUAAUGAAAAAGUAUUUAGAAAUCUUAAUUUAAAGGAAUUUCUCCUUAGCUAUUAUAUUUCGAAUUUUACUUCAAUUUUGACAAAAUAUUAAAAAUUGUUUUUUAGAAGGUCAGAGAGAGGGCUGAUAUUGCUUCCAAAGUGCUAAAUUGAAAUAUUUAUAAUAAAGAGUUUAAGUAUCAUUA